AAAAGGAAGUACAGGAAGUGGCUUUAGGUUGCUAUAUAUACGGCAGUUUAGACGUUGGCCACGUUUAGAAGCACCAAUAGACGUCAUGAGAACAAGUACAGCUACAAUCGUGGGCUUAACGCUGCUGCUAUGCCUGGGCCUUAGUAGCUCCCACAGUUUUGGCGGAAAGCUCGGAGGGGGCGGCUACGCCCCUGUGUACACCAGCUAUGUGCCCUAUCCCGUCGCCCAGCCCGUUCCAGUGCCUCAGCCUAUACCCGUACCAGUUGCGGUUCCACAGCCUAUCCCAGUCCCAGUGCCACAGCCAGUUGUUGUGCCAUUCAAGCACGGGUGGAAGGGUGGCCUGGGUGGGCUGGGAGGAUUCGGAGGAGGCGGUUUCGGCGGCUACGGUGGGGGAUAUUCCGGAAGCUAUGCCUCGGCCUACAGCUCUGCUAGCGCCUUUUCUGGAGGUUUUGGUGGCGGCGGUUACGGUGGGGGUAUCUGGAAGAGACGCUAAGUUUUUUGUUUAAGGCAUUUUGAAUAAAGCUAUAUUUAAUUUUAUUGAAAA